CCCACCUCAUUUUUAACAGAACAGAAGAGGAGGAAGAAGAGACCCAAAGUAAUAUGGAAACCCGCUGCAAGUUUUGGCUCCCAAAAAAGAAGAGAUUUUGCGCCAAUGUUCCCCUCACUCCAUCACCGUUCUGUGGCAACCACACACCCAGGUCCGACAGCCAGUGGAUUCCAUGCCCAAUAGACCCUUCUCAUUCUGUGCUUGAAGAGAAUCUUGAAGGUCAUCUUAGGAGAUGCCCGUUGCUCAAACAACUGGAGUCUCUGACUCACCAGCCCUUUUACCAAAAGGGUAUCAAUGCCGGCACAGAAGAAGACCCACAAGAAUUAGAAGUAGUCACUAGUGAAACAGUGGAGGAUUCGGCAUUGGCUGUUGAUGAACCCAAGUCGGGGGAGUUGAUAUACAUUCUUUCGGAAAUGAAGAGGACUGUAUAUGGUAUGUCUGUGCCGGAUUUCUAUAGGUUAGUCGAGAAAAUCGAGUGUGUUCAUAAGUCUAUAUGCAAGGAUAUUUACGAGUCGUGUAAGGUGCCGGAAGCUUGUGGAAUGUGGGUCAAGAGAGAGGUGGACAGAACAAGUUGUUGUUUGCAGAAAUUGCCAUUUCAAGAGAAACAUGUUAUGCAGCAGGUGUCUAUUCUCGGAAACAUGGAAGAUUUCGGGUUGAUAAAGAGUUUCAUUGCGAAGGAGAGGGCUGACUGUGAUGAUGGCAUUGGUUACCCUGUGAAGGAUGAGUUUGAUUAUGGUAAUGAUGUACCUGCGGUUGUUGAGUUUGGAGCGGGGAGAGGGUACUUGACACAAAUGCUGGCGGAUUGUUAUGGCAUUAAAAGGGUCUUUUUGGUUGAAAGGAAGUCAUACAAGCUGAAGGCUGAUCGAUCCUUGCGACAGAAAGAGAGCUUAAUAUUGCAGCGGUUGAGAAUUGACAUUGAGGAUUUAAACCUGAAUGCUGUUGAGACACUGCGUGGAGGUCCUUACGUAGCCAUCGGUAAACAUCUUUGUGGGCCUGCAACAGAUUUGACUCUGAGAUGUUGCCUUGGAGAACAAUCCAAUCAAAGUAAUGGACAGGGAUCUGUUAACCCGAACCUAAGAGGUCUAGCUAUUGCGACGUGUUGUCAUCAUCUUUGCCAGUGGAAGCAUUACAUAAAUAAAAAGUAUAUAUUAGACUUGGGGAUCACAAAAGAGGAAUUUCACGUCAUUAUAUGGUUUACUAGUUGGGCAGUGGAUGCUGAUCAUGGCACAGAUCUUCCUGAUGUUACUGAUUGCAGAUUUCAUCUGGAAUCCAUUGAAAAGAAGCAAUGUGAUGGAGGUGAUGGAGUUGAAGGCGUUGUAAAAAAUAUGAAAGCAGUUGAACGCUCUGCGCUAGGGUUUAUGUGCAAGCAGAUCAUAGACAUGGGUAGGUUAAUGUGGAUGAAGGAACAUGGAUUAGAAGCGCAGUUUCUCAAAUACGUACCAUCUACUAUUUCUCCUGAAAACCAUUUACUAAUUGCCAGAAGCGCCAAUGUUGCUUGAAAACUUUUUGCCCCUACUGAUUUUUAAUGAGAUUAAUAUACUUUUUCGUAAGUUAUAGAUUGAGCUUGUAAUAGUUACUGAAGCCAUUGUUGUACUGAUCUAGUGAACUCUACAUUUAAACUCGAAUUGCAGUUAAAAGAAUUGAAGCAUUGAUACUUG